UAUCUCGAACUGUCAUUAUUAUUGUUUCUACAGCAAUCGCAUCUGGACUUAUUGCACUAGCUUCAAUAGCUUUUGCCCUUUUUCAAAUGAGGAAGCCGAAGGAGAAUGUUGAAGAUGAGGAUGCAGUGGAGACUUCGGAUUCCUUGAAAUUCAGCUUAUGCACUGUAAGAACUGCAACAAAUAACUUUUCUGAUGCUAAUAAGCUUGGACAAGGUGGAUUUGGUUUAGUCUACAAGGGCAAGCUUUCAAAUGGACAAGAUAUUGCUGUUAAAAGGCUUGCUCAGCAUUCUGUGCAAGGUGAACAAGAAUUCAAGAAUGAGAUUGUGCUACUGGCUAGGCUACAACAUAGGAAUCUCGUAAGGCUCCUAGGUUUUUGCUUUGAAGGAAGAGAGAGGAUUCUUAUUUACGAGUACAUGCCCAAUGGAAGCCUUGAUCACUUUAUUUUUGAUCCAUCCAAAUGUAGGCAGUUGAGCUGGGAAAGACGCUACACAAUUAUAUGUGGCAUUGCUCGAGGAAUUCUUUAUCUUCAUGAAGAUUCUCCUCUCAGGAUAAUUCACCAUGAUCUCAAAGCAGGCAAUGUGCUAUUAGAUGGAGGGAUGAACCCUAAAAUUGCAGAUUUUGGCAUGGCAAGGCUGUUUUUGGUUGGUGUAAGUAAAGGCAAUACUAAAAGAAUUGCUGGGACGUAUGGUUAUAUGCCUCCAGAAUAUCUGAAUUUCGGACAAUUCUCCGUGAAGACCGAUGUUUUCAGUUCCGGUGUCUUAAUUCUAGAGAUUAUAAGUGGCAAGAACAACAGUUCUUUUCACAAUUCUGAGCAUGUGGAGCACAUUUUAAGCUAUGUAUGGAAAAAUUGGAGAGAAGGUACAUUUUCAAACAUAGAGGACAAAGCUAUGCCUAGAGGCUGGACGAGUGAAACACUGAGGUGCAUUCAUAUUGGGUUACUGUGUGUACAGGAGAAUGUAGCCCGCAGACCCACCAUGGCGUCUGUUGUCCUUAUGCUCAAUUCGCACUCUACGAGUUUUCCAGCACCUUCUAAACCUGCAUUCUUACUGCAUAGUAGUGUAGGGGCAGAAGUGCCCUUGUUAGGCCAGAAUUCAAGGUUUACAGAUUCUGAUCAGUCCACAAACCCAUCAGAACGUAUUUCAGUGAAUGAGGCUUCAAUUACUGAGCCAUACCCUCGCUAAGAUUCGAGUGCGUUGGAGUUCCUUUCAGGAUUAAUCAUUGUCUAAAACAAGUUAAAUUUCAAGCAAGAACACUAUAUAAUGGGUAGUUUUCAAUUUUCAUCACUUUAAACCACCAUUACCAUUACCAUAGUUGCAGCAGACUCAGAAAACUUUGAUUUGUAGCUAAUCUGAAAUUAUGGAACUAUGUUUUGGGUUGGGCACAGCAUUACAAAAAUAUGAAAACUUUGCUUACU